GCCACGACCUCAUCUGAAAUUAGCAAAAUUGAUGGAAAGGUCUGGGGCCUCUGGGCUUUAAAUAGCAUUGAGGGGGAGCAAAUGCCGCUGUUUUAUCCAUCUUGAUCACUCUGCCUUAUCUUAGAUCUCCGAUUUGAUUGCACCACCCGAGUUGUUGUUUGAUCGAAUCAGCCCAUCUCUCCUAAUCUAAUCAGGAGAUGGGUUUUGGUAACCAAGCAAAGCCGAGGGAAGACACACCUCUUCUCGGUGAAGCACCACCUUUGUCAAGCAAGUUCAAGACUUUCGCCAAUGUCUUCAUUGCUAUCGUUGGCGCUGGUGUCCUUGGUCUUCCUUACGCCUUCAAACGUACCGGAUGGCUCAUGGGUUUGCUUACACUCUUCUCCGUCGCCGCUUUGAUCAACCAUUGUAUGAUGCUUCUUGUUUAUAUCCGUCGUAAGCUUGGUGUCUCCAAUAUCGCUUCUUUUGGUGACCUUGGCUUCGCUGUAUGUGGCAACGUCGGGAGGUUCGUCGUUGACGUUCUUAUCAUUCUCUCUCAGGCUGGGUUUUGUGUUGGAUACCUUAUCUUCAUCGGUACUACUUUAGCUAAUCUCUUUAACUCAACCGACACUACGACUCUGAGUUUGAGUCUGAGGCAUUUGAUGGGUGUGUCCCCUAAGAGUCUCUAUAUAUGGGGAUGUUUCCCGUUUCAGCUUGGUUUGAAUUCUAUUAAGACGCUCACUGACUUGGCUCCUCUCAGUAUAUUCGCUGAUGUGGUUGAUUUGGGUGCAAUGGCUGUGGUAAUUGUGGAGGAUGUGAAGAUUACAAUGGUGCAAAGGCCUCAAGUUGUAGCCUUUGGUGGCAUGUCUGUCUUUUUCUAUGGGAUGGGAGUGGCUGUUUACGCCUUUGAAGGGGUGGGAAUGGUUUUGCCUCUUGAAUCUGAGAUGAAAGAGAAAGACAAGUUUGGCAAAGUGUUGGCUCUCAGCAUGCUCUUCAUCGCUGUCAUGUACGGUUCUUUUGGUGUGUUAGGCUACAUGGCUUUUGGGGAUGAGACAAUGGACAUCAUCACAGCUAACUUGGGGGCAGGACUUAUGAGCAGUCUUGUCCAGCUGGGGCUCUGUAUCAACCUUUUCUUCACUUUCCCCUUGAUGAUGAACCCUGUGUUUGAGAUCGUGGAGAGACGCUUCUGGAGUGGGAUGUACUGCGUGUGGCUCAGAUGGCUGCUAGUCUUGGUUGUGACGUUGGUGGCACUCUUGGUGCCGAACUUUGCAGAUUUUUUGUCAUUGGUUGGUAGCAGCGUCUGCUGUGCGUUGGGCUUUGUGUUGCCUACUUUGUUUCAUCUGAUAGUCUUCAACGACGAGAUGGAGUGGAAGCAACGGGCCUUAGACUGGGGGAUCCUACUACUGGGUAUCGUUCUUGGUGUCUCAGGUACGUGGAGUUCCCUGAGUGAGAUCUUCCAGAAGUAGUAGAUAGGUGGACACAUUGUUUCUUUUGUUGGAAUUUUUUCUACUUUCAGUGAAAGCAAAGUGUCAAAAGUCUUGGAAUGUUUUUAUGUUAUUUCUGUUGCAAUGUUAUUAUGUUAAAAGUAAUAACCAUUGAGACAUGUGUCAAGUGUUUUGAUCCUAUGAUAUGAUCCCUGGAACAAGCACGCUCUU